AUGGUUGGAUUAUUUAAUAAAAGAAGAAGACCAGAUUCAUAUCAAGGUUUUAGUAAAUAUACUCAUGAAAUAAAUCAAUAUCAUAAUUCACAACAACAUGCUGGCUUACCAAUACAACCUCAAGCACAACAAGCACAAUUGAAUAGAAGUCAAUCUUUAACAAGUGCAGGUCAAGCAGCUGCUGCCGCUUUAAGAUUACAUAGUUCACCAAUUAAAAAUCAAAAUUCACAACAACAACAACAAAAAUAUAAUCAAAAUCGUCAAAGUAAUACACAAUAUAAUCAAACUGCUGCUCAAAGACAAUAUGGUAGAUCAAAUUCUUUAAGUAAUGUUAAUAGGUCAAAUUCUUUAAGACAAUAUACUUAUAAUCCUCAAGCUUCUUAUCAAGUUGGAAAUUCAAAUAAUAUUAAUCAAGGUGUUAAAAGAUUCAAUAGUUUAAAUUCUCAUAGCAGAGGUAGUUUAACAAGAUCCAGUCAAUCACAACAGAGACAAUUACAACAACAACAACAAGCUCAACAACAAUCUCCACAAAAUUAUAUACAUGAAGAUACAGAAGAUGAUAAUUAUAAUAUUCAAGAAGGUAAUGAAAAUGAAGAAGAAGAAGAAUAUGUUGUUACUACAACUACAACUAAAGUUGUUGAUUCUCAAGGUAGAACUCAAUCAAUUAUUACAAAAACUGUUAAAACUUUUCCAGAUGGUUCAAAUAUUAUAGAAACAGCAACAAAAAAUAUUUCAAGAUCAAAUUCAAGAUCAAAUUCUUUAAGUUCAGCAAAUUUUAGAAAUAAUUCAAUGACUCAUCAACCAAUUAAUUUAUCAAAAAUUGAUGAAGAUUUACAAAAUUUUGAUUAUGAUUAUCAAGUUGAUGAUUUAAAUGAUCAAAAUAAUAAUAAAUUGAAAUUAAAUACUGGAGAACCAUCACAUAUACAGGCACAACCAAAAGAUAUCAUAAAAGAAGAAGAGGAAGAAGAAGAAAUUGAGCAAGGAAAUGGAAAUUUUGGUAAUGUUCCUAAACAAGAAUUGGGAGAACCAUUUACUGAUGAUUUAUCUAAACCAAGACCAAUAAAUACACCUGAUAGAACUUCUUCUAUUACAAGUCAAGGUAAACCUUUAAGAUCAAUAUUAAAAAGACAACAAUCUAAUAGUAUAGAUGAAACACCAACUUUACAACAAAACAAUCCAGUUGGUGUUGAAAAUAUACCUAUUGCAGCUGCUCCCCAAGUAGCUUCAAAUGUCGUAAAUGAAGUAACUUCAAAAUCAUCAAAACAUCCAUAUCAGAAUUUAACACAAAGUACUCCAACUCAACCUCAACCUCAAUCUCAAUCUCAAUCUCAACCAGUUCAACAAAAACAACAAAUUUCAAAUAAUUCAUUAAGAAGUCCAAAUCAAAUUCCUCAAUCAACUAGAUCUAGUGGUAGUUAUUCAACAAAACCAAUACAACCUAUAUCAUCCCCAAAAGAUAAUAUUCAUUAUAGUCAUUCUCCUGGUAGUUCAAUUAAAUUUGAUGAUAAAAUUGAAACCAUACCUAUACUUAAUGAUAAAUCAGCUUAUUCUCAGCAACAGAAUUAUCCUCAACAACAACAUUAUCCACAGCAACAACAACAACAUUAUCAACAAUAUCAACAAUCUUCACCUCCUACUCAACCUCAAUUUAAAUCAAAAUCCAAGAAACCAACACCUCCUGGUCCAAUUUCUUCUUCUUCUCAACAACCAAGUGCAGAAUUUUAUGCUGCUGCAAUGCAAGCUGCUUAUAAAAAAGUUUAUGGAGAUCGUGAUCCAAAUGCAGUUUCUCAACAACCAAUUUCUCCAAAUUUAGCUAAUUCUCAACAACCAUUAACUCCUCCUCAACAACCACAACAAUCACCAGAACGUAAAUCAAGAUUUGGAUUUAUACCAUUAAGUCCAAGAAAAGAUCCAACUCCACAAAAUUAUGAAGCUCCACAACAACAACAAUAUCCACAAGAAAGAACAUCAUCAAUAGAUUCAUCAACAAGAGUUAAAAUUCAACGUGAUCAGACUGCUGCACCACCAACAACAAUACCAACACCAAUAGUAAAUCAAGAAAAAUCAAUUCCUUCCAAUUAUGAAUAUACAAAUCAUCAUAGAGAAUUCCCCUUACAUUCAAUGAGAGAUGAACCAAAAAUAUCAAAUAUGAGAAAAGAAAAAGCCAAGGAAGAAAAUAAAAUUGCAAAAGAACAAGAAAAAGAAAAUAGACAUUUAGCAAAAGAAAAAGCCAAGGAACAAGCUAAGGAAGAUAAACGAUUAGCUAAAGAAAGGGAAGCUGAAGAAAAGAGAUUAGCUAAGGAAAAAGAAGCUGAAGACAAGCGAUUAGCUAAAGAACAAGCAGAUGAAGAGAAGCGAUUAGCUAAAGAAGCUAAAAAAAGAGAUAAAAAACCAAUAUUUGGAGGAAUUUUUAAUAAAAAUAAAAGACAAAGUCAAUCAAGUCAAUCUAUUUAUUCUAAUGAAAGUAAUAAUAUUCCUAGUGCUAUUGGAAGAAAUUCUCAACAAAGUCAAAGAAAAAAUGUUCAACAACCUAUUGGUGAAAAUAAUGGUGUUGAAAAUGGUGCAAUACAACAGCAACAACCUGAUUCUGCAAUUGUUGAAACUACUGCUGUUACUACUGAUCCUACAAACAAUGUUGUUAAUGAAACUACUGUUGUUGAAGAAGUUCCAACUAAUAUCAAUGCAAUUAAUAAUCCCAAAGAUAUAAGAAAUGAAGAACCCACUCAUACUGGUACUGGUACUACUCAUGAACCAAUACCUGAAAGUAAUAUUCCACCACGUCCAGAUAUUAGCGAACCAGUGAAAGUUGAAAGAUUAGGACCUGCAUUAGAAACUCAAGCUGAUAAUAUAGUUCAAGAAAUUAAAGAUGAAGCUAAUGAAUAUGGAACUGUUGAUGUUGAAGGAGUUCCAAUUUCAAAUGAAGUCUUAAAUCCUCCCGUGGUUAAAGAACCAUUGAAUGAACCUGAAUAUUUGAAUCCCGCUGGUGCUGUUAAUAAUGAAACUAGAGAAGUUGAAGAUGAUGAUAUUCCACCACGUAAAGAUUUACCAACGGAAGGAGUUGUACUUGAUGAUGGUGAAUAUUAUAAAAUAUCAGUUCCAAGAAAUCAUUCAUAUUUAGAAGAAGAAGAAGAAAUUUAUAACAAAUCAACUCCUAAGACUCAUGAAGUGUUGCCACUGCCAAAUAUUAAUAGAAGUCAAAGAAAUUCUAAAUUUAUGAAUGAUUCAUAUGAGCCUAAUAAUAAUAUUGAACCCAUUGUUGAAUCUUCAAAAUUAUCUAAAGUUCCAAAACCUCAAUUAAAUGAAAUUGAUGAUGAACUUGAAAAUGAACCUGAGAUUGAAGAUCCUUCUUUUAAAAGUUAUGAAAAAGUUGAAAAAUUUGAAACGCCUUUAGAUAAUGAAAAACCAGGAGCUAUUGCGGGUGAAGAAGAAGAAGAAGAAAUUUAUGAUGUUGUUAAUGAAGAAGAGUUGAAACAAUUACAAAAUGAUCCAAAUGUUAGAUUGGAAGAAAUUAAACCUAUUAAAUUUGAUGAUUCAACAGUUAACAAUAAAACUCCUCAAGUUAAUGCUGUUCCAACUUUUAAAUCGAAUCAACCUGAAACAAGAGAAACUGACAUAAAAGAAGCGCAACAUCAACAUCAAGCUGUACCUACAUUAGAUCCAAAAUCAAAUCAACAAAGUUCUAAACAUGAAGUUCAUCCACUGGCAUUUGUUAAAGACUCAAAAAAUGUUUCAGAUCCCAAACAUGUUAAUGUAGGUGAUGAUAUAGUUGGAUCUCAAUUUGUGAAAAAUAAAUCACCUCAAUCAAAACAACAACCACAAACAACUGCAAAUUCACAAAUUCAAUCACAAGGUAACAAAAGAUUAACUUAUUCAUCAGGAUAUCAAGAUCAAGAUUCUUUUGUUCAACCUAGUGCUGAUACUUUACCAACAACUCAAUCAAAAUAUGGAAAUGAACAACAAGCAUCACAACUACAAGAAGAAUCAACUCCAAUUCAAGAACAACAAGCCUACGAAAAUGAUGUAAAUGGUGAUACAAAUGGAGUAAUAGUUGAAGAGAAAUCGAAAAAUGGAAAAUCUAAAUCCAAAAAGGAUAAAAAACCAAAUAAAUUUAAAGAAAAAUUAUUUAAAUAUUUUGUUAGUGCUUAUGAUAAUUAA